GUCGGCCUACCCAGUCACAUAGGGUCAAUAAUGCCCUUCGUUAAGUUUUGAUUGUUCUCUGUACUGCUUUGUAUCAACGACCUAUUUGUACAUCUAAUAAACCCUUCCUCUACCACCUCUAUUGUUGUGCACCCGCUAGCAACUGUCGCGCCCUAGACCUCUUCCAUGGUCGCGAGGGUCUAGACACAGGGGUCACGAUUCACCACUCCACGAUUCAGGCCACCUGCACCACUUCAACUCCACCACCUUGGAGGCCUCACCAUGUCCAACACAGCCUCAGCGUCAGGGACGCCGACGCCCACUACAGGCACAGGCGCUGCCCUGAAGUCGGCGAACCAGAGCAUCGAGAACUUCGCUGCUUCGCUCUCUACCGCGGCAGUCAUCUUCGGUGUCCAGAUAACAAUCUUCUUGAUUCUCAGCGGGAAUUGGAAGCUACACAAGACCAAGAAGAGCACCAACGACAAGUCGGAAGACACUCAGAGCCUCUUUCACAAGAUCUAUUACUACAAGACAGCCUUCGUGCCAAAAGCGAAGCGCAUAGCAGCGCCCGUGACCGCCAUCGAAUCCUUCAAGAAUGUCUUCACCAUUAGCGACCGUGAGCUUGUUCGCAUCGCCGGUGUCGAUGGCUACCUCUUCCUACAGUACCUACAACUCUUACUCCGUAUAUUCAUACCCAUGGCUCUGGUCAUCUUACCCAUCCUCCUGCCCAUAAACCGACAUGGAGAUGUAGAGGGCGUAUCAGGCUUGGAUUCGUUUGCAUGGCCAAACGUCGGUGUGCCCGAGAAGGUCAACCGUCUGUGGGCGCAUUUGGUCGUUGCCGUCGGCGUUGUUCUAUGGGUCUGCUUCAACUUCUACCUGGCCUUGAGGAAAUUUAUACGUCUCAGGCAGACUAUUCUCACCUUGCCAGAGCAUCGCAUUCGAGCUUCUGCGACUACGAUUCUCGUGCAGAGCAUUCCUCGAAAGUGGCUGACUGUGCCGGCCUUGGACGCCCUUUACGACGUCUUCCCUGGCGGUAUCAAAGAUAUCUGGAUCAAUCGCAAUUUCGACGACCUGAUGGAGAAAGUCGACAAGAGGACUAAGAUUGCGAGGAAGCUCGAGUCAGCCGAGACAAAUCUCAUCAUCACAUGCACCAAGAAGCACUUGGAAAUGGAAGAAAAGGCCGCGAAAGAAGCGGGCAAGCGGAGAAGCAAAAAAGAGAAGAAGCAUGACGAAGCCAGACAGAACGAGCUGAUCAACCAAGACACCCACGACUCGGGUCUAGAUGCGGGUAACCCCCAUCAGAUUGAGGAACAGUUGCAGCUGGUGCUUAAAGAGGAGGACUCGUCUUCGUCGUCGUCAUCUUCACGCUCUACAUCGCCAGAUCGCAAGCGAGGAAUGAACCCAAUGCCCUUCGUGGGCCAGGGCAUCCACGCUGUCGGCGAGGGGUUUCGUGAUGUCGGGCAAGGUGUGAACCAAUUCAACAAGAAGAUAUACGGUGGAGUACGAGGCGUUUUCGGUGGAAAGCAACGCCAAGAGCACAGGCAGGAACUUGAGCUUCCUGAGCCGCACCUUGAUGGAAGCGCUGAAGUAACAGGUUCUUCUCCAAUCUCAGCGGACUAUGCGCAAAGGGGCGCCAGCAGUGAUACAUAUACUCCCUUAGCGGCUCCUAAUAAGGAGAAGUACGGGUCUGAGGGCACUGUGACAGAGCCAAACUCUCCUAAGCCUGCGGAGGCCGUUGAUCCGGAAGAGGAGAAGGAGAAACCCGCCAAAGGUGGAUUUCGUCCGUGGCAGAAGUUAAAAGCCGCCUAUUUCGGACAAGGCGAUUUCGCAAGCCCACAGCCGUUCCGACAACAAGGUGAGGUAUUGCCUAUGGAAAUCAAGAAUCCUGAGAAGAUCAAGUACGACACGAUAGGUCUCUACAACGAGACUUUUGCAGAGGACGAUGAGACCGCGGUCUGGAGGAGGUACAUGAAACCAAAGGACCGCGACACCAUGCGUUUACCAAUUUUCAAUCUGUCGUGGUGGCCCUCCAUACCGUUAAUCGGGAAAAAAGUAGAUACGAUCUACUAUUGCCGCAAGGAACUGGCCCUCCUGAACGUCGAGAUCGCCGAGGAUCAAGCCCAUCCUGAGCGAUUUCCAUUGAUGAAUUCCGCCUUCAUUCAAUUCAACCACCAGGUCGCAGCCCACAUGGCUUGCCAGUCAGUUAGUCACCAUAUUCCUAGGCAAAUGGCGCCUCGAACUGUCGAAGUCAACCCCAACUAUGUGCUCUGGGACAAUCUGACUAUGAAGUGGUGGGAGCGCUAUCUCCGCAUGGGGGCUGUCAUUGUCAUCAUCAUUGGGCUUGUCAUCUUUUGGGGUAUUCCUGUUUCGUUCACCGGAGCUUUGUCCCAAGUCAAGACAUUGAGUAACAAACUACAUUGGCUUCGAUGGAUCAACCGACUCCCUCCAUGGGCACUAAGCUUCGUUCAGGGUGUGUUGCCACCAGCUUUCUUGGCCAUUCUCUUUGCGGUUCUGCCUAUUACCCUACGUUUCCUGGCUGGCAUUACGGGUACAACGACAUCCGGAGAACGAGAGCUUCUCGUGCAGAACUUCUACUUCGCUUUCGUCUUCGUCCAACUUUUCCUCGUUGUAUCGAUUUCGACAGGUAUCUCAACAGCCAUUCAGGAUCUUCUCAACGACCCCAUCAGUGUUCCUGCAACACUGGCAAAGACCCUACCCAAGGCUGCCAACUAUUUCUUCUCCUACAUGAUUCUACAAGCACUCAGUAUCAGUUCCGGAACGUUGUUGCAAAUUGGAGCUGUCAUCAUCAUUAUCUUCCUCCGCUUCCUCGACACGACUCCACGAGAGAAGGUUACUAGGGUUUUGAGUCGGCCGGGGAUCAACUGGGGUACUAUGAUGCCGGUUUACACCAACUUUGGUGCUAUUGGUAUCAUCUACUCUGUUGUAUCACCGUUGAUCUUAAUCAUGAUGGUCAUCACCUUCUGUCUCUUCUGGUUCACCUACCGCUACCAGAUGAUCUACGUUAGCUAUGCGAAGGCCGAAACGAACGGUCUCAUAUUCCCCAAAGCUGUCAACCAACUCUUCACUGGACUCUACUUUCUCGAACUCUGUCUCGUCGGCUUGUUCUUCCUACAACGGGAUACCAAGAAUGAGCCAUCCUGCGUUCCCCAGGCAAUUAUCAUGAUUGUUGUUCUCGGCGCCACAUUGCUCUACCAGUUCAUCCUCAAUAGAGCUUUUGGGCCGCUCUUUACGUACUUGCCAAUUACGUUUGAGGAUGAGGCGGUGGAACGAGACGAAGAGUGGCAACGUGCACAAGCUGGCCGCUGGGAGAAAGACGACGAGGAUCACAAGCCGCUCACCACUCGGGAGGAUGCCAAGCAGACAGCAGAAGAGCGUGAAUUGGCUCACUUUGAGGAACAGAACCGUAUUGACAGAAACCAACGGGAAUCUUCCUACGGCCCGGGCUCCUACGAGUUGAACAACUUGGAUGGCAACCAGUCUAGUGCCAACGGCGUCGCCGGUACUCCUGACCGUUCCCGUCGUCUUUCAAACUGGGCCGAGAAGUCUCGCAAUAGCUCAAAGUCCCGGUCGCGCUCCCACUCGCACGCGCAUACGCCUAAGAAGCACAAACGCAAAGACCCACUUGACUUUGUCACUGACACCUUCAAGCGCGGCCUUGACGACGUUGUCCGUCCUGUUCGCGACAUUGAAGCUCAAAUUCUCCCCUCGAAAAACCUCUUCGACGACAUUGACGACGAGCUCGCAGACAUUGAGCCUGAGGCGCGCCAGAAGCUUAUUAAGCGCAGCUUCCAGCAUCCGGCUACGAGGGCUAUUCAGCCAGCCAUUUGGAUACCGCAUGACGAGCUGGAUGUUGCUAAGGAUGAGAUUCAGCGGACAAGUGAGUAUACGAAGAAGAUUUGGAUUACAAGUGUGAAUGCGAGGUUAGAUGCGAGGGGAAAUGUGCUAUAUCGGGGAUUGCCGCCUGAUCGGGAUCCGUUUGAGAACAUUGAGGUUUAAGGGGCCGUAGCGUGGUGAGCAAGGGAUGAUAAAGUUUGGAAGCUGGGUUUCCUUGGUCACUUUUAUUCCUGUGCAUCUUAUUUCCUGUCAGAGCGUAUUCUCUCUUGCAUCUUGCAUAGCGUGGUGGUUUGCAUGGUACACAGAUUUCCUUCUAUUCUACAGAUGACGAUACCCACCUUUUAUUACUUCCCUAUAAUGUAACGAUUCAUCACAUCGCAUCUGGUUUCAUCAAAAGAUUUCUCAAGACUUCUAUUAUUGUGGUAUAUACGCCCCUUGUCUCGCCGCCUAAUAUAUAUGAUGUAGGUACUAGACAGGGUUAUUAAAGUUGUAUUGAUGCCGUUGAGAACUCCAUUACCUCCCUCCAACCCUCGUCUUCUCUACGACGACUGUACCAGAGUUCUCGACCGGAUUUCC